GACAGACACAGUCAUAACAGCUACACCAUGCUAACGCUGUCAAUGUAAACAGUCCGCAAUCCAUGCAAUCUUAAACUUCCCAACAGGUCAUCGUUAAACUGUGAGUGUUUAGUUUCUGACCUGUCUCACAGAAUUUAUUAUAAUGCUGUAUAAACUGCGGUUUUGCUCGUUUAGGUAAACCACCAAAGAUCAUUUCCUGUUGGAAAACAUCCUUGAUGGUCCACGGCCUGCAGAAUCUCUAUAUCAGGGAUGUUAAUCUGUGGAAACGUAUGCUGAGCUAAAUGAUAGGUCUCUUCAGGCACUAUGUGAUGGUCAUGCGGGUCAGACAGCGAACCUAAGGUUCAAAGAUGCCCUUAGGUGAUGUUUGUCCCAAGCACAAAUACCCCCCAGGCAUGGAAUAAGAAGAACCUCGGUGAUCUGCAAUAAUGCUAUAGAGAUAAGGCGGACAUACAGAUGGCAAUACUAAAGCAGCGCAAUCAGCAAAAACUGAUGUAUGACGAAAGUGACGUCUGCUGUGCAGAUUUAAACGGUGAAUGAGUAUCGUUUGUAUCGUCUGGAUUCACGAGCUAGAGCAUCUGCUCCUCUUUUGUGAGGAAUUAAGUUAAGACAGACAUCUUGAAUCACAAAUACUCGGCUCAGAUCUUUAACACAGUCGAAUGUUUUCUGUGCAAGAACAAAGUUCAAUAGAGAUCGCAGAGUUUGACUGAACGCAGCACCAUUGUUUCUGACUUCCUUAGUCAUUUAAGUUCAAGGGCAAAGUGGAGCGCAUCACGUUUCGCCGCAAAAACAUCGAAGCCGCAUUUAAGUAUAAAGCAUGACGCAAUAGUCAUCUGCCUUCAGACCAUCACACUCAUGCACUGCAAAUCGUGGGUGACGCAAGAUCCGGAGGCAGAAGUGCAGCCUUGGCGAUCGCAGUGCCCGAAUCCCGCACUUUGGGUUAUGAUUGUACGCCUAUAAUAAGCUGGUAGCCAAGGGGAGCGGAACCGAGCCGAGUGGCGAGCCAAUCCACGCCGGACCGCUGGGAUCUGAACUGCCAAGGAGACGAUCUUAGAUUAUCGCACUCAGGUGUGUUUGGAGCACAGCGCCGCAGCUACUGGGAACGUUCUGGAAAUCAUGGUGAAGAAUGUGAACAACGAGAUUAUUCAAGGAGGUUGUUACGAAGAACCACAACCCGACUUCGAUGCCGACGGACGCGCUGGGGAUGGCAGUAAAGAGCACCCUUCCCCACCUCCUGGCAUGAUUUGGCGAGUGACCGGUGGCCUCUUCAGUGCCACCAAGGGGGUGGUAGGUGCCACAGUUGGCAGUGUGGCCUGGCUGGGUGGCAAAGGCCUGGAGAUCACAAAGACUGCAGUGGGCGCUGUCCCAGCUGUGGGCGUUGGCCUCGUCAAGGUGGGCGUGUCUGCAGUGACUGGGGGUGUGUCCACAGUGAGUUCCACAGUAGCCAGUAAAGUUCUCACCACGGGGAAGCAGAAGGACAAGGCAGAGUAAGGAGGGUCGGAACUUCAACAUGUCCUGAGUCGAAACUCUCAAAAAAGACUUAAGACCAUCUGUGCAGCCAUUCUGAAACUGAAUGAGAUUUGCCAGGUUGAAGCAGGUUUAAAACUGUCUGGCUUCCUCUUACUGGGAAGUGUAGUCGAAUCCCACGGUGAUGAUUGUAAAGCUGUCUUUCUCCAUGUCAGAGGUGUGUGUCCUACCAAGCCUUAUCUCAGGUCAUUCUUACUGCUGUCACUCUGCUGUAUGUAGUUGUUAGUAUUCCUCAGUCACCUUGUUUUGUUUUCUGGAGACAAACUGAAAUUUUCUGUCCUGUAUCGCAUAAAAGCCUAUUUACUUAAGCUGAUUUGUCAAGGGCUAGAACACUUACGUGUGCGUAACUAUAUGUUAAUGGUCUCUGCUGGCUGUAAUGCGGCUGAAGACCAGUUAAUUUUGUAUAUUGUUAUUCCUACUGCAAUAAAGUCCCACAGCUGUUUUGGUGCA